AUGGCAGCUUCCUCGGAACAAGUCGAUCCAAGUUUAAAAGCUCACACAGAGCUAGUGAACUGGUUCAUCCAGCAUGGUGGCACGGUCGAUAAGAGCGUGCGCAUUGCACAAGACGCCUCGCGCGGCGUGCACCUGCAAGUGAGAGCAGACUGGCCAGAAGCCAUCCGAAAAGAGACCCGAGUGAUCAACACCCCAAUUAGCGUGUCAAUGUCCUGGUACAAUGCAAUUGGCUAUGAGUCACCACGGGGCUCAUUCCCCAAACACGGCGUUGACUUUCCGCGGACAUGGAUCGACGACGUCGGGCCGGAGGAGACUUUUGCCUUCUUCCUCAUGGGCCAGUAUCUACGCGGGCCCGACAGUUUUUGGUAUCCGUAUCUUCGUACCCUGCCUCAGCCGGGUCAAUUGACUACCCCGUUGUUCUUUGGUGAGGAGGAUGUAGAUUGGAUUCAGGGUACUGGGAUUCCCGAGGCUGCCGUUGAGAGGAUUAAGAUAUGGGAGCAGAAGUAUGAUUCGGGCUAUCUUCAGUUGGAUGCAAUCGAAUUCCCGGAUUGUGAGCAGUAUACGUGGGAGCUGUAUCUCUGGGCUUCGACUAUCAUUACCUCCCGGGCAUUCUCGUCAAAGGUUCUAUCUGGGGCUGUCGAGCCUGGUGAUCUUCCAGAGGAUGGAGUCUCGGCGCUGCUUCCGCUCAUUGACCUUCCGAAUCAUCGACCAAUGGCGAAGGUUGAGUGGCGAGCGGGUGACGAGGAUAUUGGUCUUCUUGUGCUUGAAGAUCACUCGGCAGGCCAAGAAAUUUCCAACAAUUAUGGCCCUCGUAAUAAUGAACAAUUGUUGAUCAACUAUGGAUUCUGCAUUGCCGGCAACCCAACCGAUUAUCGCAUUGUUCAUCUGGGCGUGAAGCCCGACAGCCCGCUCGGCGAAGCCAAGGCUCGCCAGCUCGAACUGUUCCCUCAGGUUGCCAAGAAUAUCGAGGACCACUAUUACAUCUUCAAUACUUUCUACCCACUACUGGCUCCCGAAACAACGAUGGAGCACUCGAUCUUUUCACCGGCAUUGUUCAAUGCAUUGACCGUCAUGGAAUCAAACAAACGCGAGCGCAAAUCACUCGAGAUCACCGAGAGCUGUAUUCGCAUUCUUCCGGGAUAUGGAAACAACCAUAGUAUCUAUGCUGCACUCGCUCAGAUUAGCUUCGAGCUCAUGGCUCAUGCCGCAAACCUGAAAGCCAGUGCGGAGCAUCUGCCUUUGCAGCCAACCACCCUGAACCAGAUCCACUCUCAGAUCUACCGCAACGGCCAGAUAACAUUAGACCAGGCUGCUUUGGUUAUCGCUACUUGGACUAUUGCACGCGGGAGGGAACAUAAGCGUGGUGAAAGUUGGGAAGAUACCAAGGUCCUCCUACAUGAAGUAAUGGCACGCGUCCCGGCCGGCCUUCUCUCAGACGAAGUCAUGUCCCGGAUCCGAGUGCGUAUCCUAGAACGUCCGUCCCUGAUCACUAAAAAUGGUGAACUGUUCAGGUUAGGCGAACUUUUCAGCCUUCUGCCGGCUGAAAUGCAGGAGCCGGCUCAGACAUGCUUCCAGCACGCCCUGGGAGAGGCUAGCCAGGCCGUUCCGAGUAUAUCCACAGAUCCACAGACCCUGUUUGCAACGGUUAUUUGCUUGCUGGUUGCAACGUAUAAUUCGCCAGAGGCACGGUCAAGAUUGUCCUCGCGUCUCAACCGAUGGUUUACUUUCCUGCUCGAGCAAUACCCUCUGCCUUCCAGAUCUAUUGAGACUGGUGUGGAUGAAGCCAGCGAAACACUUCGUCAAUUCCAAAGAUAUACUACGGCAGCACAACCAAGCUCAUGGGCACCUGGUGAUGGGGUUAAUUGGCUUACUGAGGACAGCGGGUGGUUGGACUCGGAGUGGCUUCAAUGGUCAUGGACGGUGGCGGGCUCAGAAAUGGUGAUGAUUCCUCUUGAUCCAUUUGAGAUCCUCAAGAUGGAGGGAUCAUUGUCUAUGUUGAAACAGGCAUGUCUCUAUGUACCACAAGAGUAG